UUAAGCUUGGCUCGAGCAACAAAAAUAUACGAGUAUAUUCAUGCAUAUGUACGUACAUAUACAUAUAUACUUGUAUUGAACAACAACAACAACAAGAAAAUAUAUAAAAACGUUUUGCGCGGCCCCGUCGAUCGUAUAUGAGUGUCUCUGUGUGUCUGUGUAAAUGUUUGCGUACAUAUGUGCAUAUAAAUCCAUGUAAAUCCAUAUAAAUCGUUGCAAUCGAAAGCUCCAUUUUGUUGAAAAUCGAAAGCGUCCGUGCACGCCAUGGCUUUGAGCGAGACGACAAAGGCACAUGCAGGAGCGACGUGUGCCAAGGACGAGCAAAGCGAAUUGGUCGAGUUCGAGCCCAAAGACGAUGACAGCCAAGAUGCAAUCAAUUGCGAUACAGAAGCUAUAACCAAAGAAGAGGAAUGGAUAACAAAACGGAAAACAGAACUGACAACAACGCGACAAAUCGAAACGAGAGUCAAACGGCAGGUGAAGCUCAAGGAUGGCAAAGUUAUUGAGGACUCAGGUCCGAUUGUGUCCACCAACACCACAGAGGACACCGACAAACAGGAAACGGAAACUACGGAGAAACGGGAUCACGGUCUGCCCCAGGACCAACUGGACGGGAAUGGAAAGCUCAAUGAUGUUAGCGCACUGGAAGCGGGAACGGCUGCCAAAGACAUAGAAUUGGCCCAGUUGAAGGCCCUGGAGCCGAGCAGCGGUGUCACGAUGGUUCGGAAAAUGGUUCCACGGCCCGCGGACGGCUUAGUGCGCCAAACCGACGACAAACGGGUCAUUUCGCACGAGGAGACAAAGGACUAUCACGAAGUAGAGGAUGUGAAGCAUCUGGGCGAUGUUACCGAUGAGACUUACGUAAGUGCCGUACGCGAUGGUGUCGAGGACCUAGAGGCAGCUUUGUGCUCUCCGGCUAGCCAGCAACAGCUCGUGCCCCUGGGUCCUAGACUUAUUGCCAACACGAGCAAGUCGCGAAAGACAAUCGACUCGGAGGACACGCAAAAGCGUUGUCUGGCCCAAGUGGACGGCACACUCGUGACUGAAAGCAAUCGGACUACCACGCAUGAGCUGAUUGUCGACGAGGAGUUGCCCGAAGAUAGUGCCGUCAACGACAGCCUCGAUAUACUGAAGACUACGGCAGCCUCACAACGCUACUUCAAGCAGCGUGAUGAACAACAUGUAGACCUUGUAGCUGACGGUAAAGUGGUGGGCACCGAAAUGCGCUACGCCGCCGAAACGAUGCAAAUGGACAAGGAAGGGUCGCUGGAGCGGCCAGGCGAUUGGGAUAGCUUGUCGGAUCGCAUGCGCAAGCUACGGCGCUCACAGCAGCAAAAAGUAAUGCUGCAGCAGCAGAGAGAGGUGGCGCUGUUGGCUGAUCGCAAGGAUGCGCUAACCAAGCGGCCCUUAGAUUUUGAUCGGGAGGAAGAGACACGCAAAGGUGAGACCAUGAAGUGGCUGGAGUCGCACUUUGGUAGCGAGUCGACCGCUUCGAAUGACUCACGUGACGAUGACGGGGAGGUGGAACCAACAAAGAAGAGCUACUUCAAUGUCACCAUUAAGUCGCAGAGUCAGAUGCCCAGUCAGGCUCCAGCCAGUCAGCCACAACAGCAGCCCCAGACGCUGCCCCGCAGCGCAGCCCAUGGUGCUGCGGAGAGACAAACGACCUUGGCCGGUGGGGGAGUAACCCUAGAGCGCAAGUAUGCAAAGGAGAGUGCCACCAGGUCAAAAUAUUUUCAGGGCAUAUCAAACUGGGACGAACGCCAGGAGAUGCCCAGUAAUCAUUUUUCCUCCCAAGCGUUUCGCGACGAUCUUCAGGAGACGAUUAAGCGCAACGGCCUGAAAAAGAAAAUAAGCGCCGCGGGCAGCGGGGCAGGCGAACCUGGCAACGACAGAUACGUCAGUCGAGAGGACAUACUGCAGCAGAAGCGUCAGAGCUUGUCAUCACAGUUCCUGGCCAAAUCGGCGCGUGGGUCGCGCAUUACCUUGGACGCAUUAGAUACAAUACCGGUGCCAAGAGCACACACCAGUAGCCACCCGAUAGGAGGAGCGGCGCCUACCCCACGAAACGAAGAGCCCUCACAAAAACGUGUGGCCUAUGGCCAAACUCCAAUCCACUCUCAAGGGUAUGAUCAUCAUAUUGGUACUGGACGGGCCCUUAAAAACGUGAGCAAUGGUGUGGCCAGCGCUCGGGCGCUGGAAACGCCCGAUUACAACUACUCGAAGCCAUCCACCGUGGAGUUAAUUGGAAGUACUAAGAAUCUGGGCCGACCCACGGUACCGCAACGCCGACGUGCCAUUGAAAAGAAGCUCAGCGAACAGCAGAAGCAUGUGCUACCUCUAAAGACAGCACCGCUACCGAUGUCGCAGCUGGAGCCACCGCCGGACUACUCACCACCGCCGCGCAGUCGUUCCUCGUCUCCGCAGGUGGACUAUGUGUUGGCUCCCACACCCACACGUAAGCCACAACAGCGCACACGGUUUGCGCCCACAUCCAGCUACCCGCCCUCACAUAACGGUGGCACUAGUACCGGAACUGGAACUGGCACUGGCACCGGCACGGCCACUGGCACCUUGCGGCCCACCAAAACCCCGGUCUCGGCUUCCACGUCGAACAUCUCCUCAGCUAGCACCAACAAGCAAAGCAAAAUGGGUCAGGUACUUGGAAACUCUCUGCGUAAGCUGGUGAACAAAAUUCGUUCGGCCAGUGCCGAGCGCAAGUUCCGCAUGAAGUCCUCCGCGAGUAAAUCACGCGAGCAAUCACCCAGCACAGGAGUAGGUGCUGCUGCGGGUACUGGGGCUACCAGCACGGCCGAUCGAAACCUAACCACCUAUCAGCAGUACAACGUUAUCGAUGGACACAUCGGAGGCGGCCAGACGGGUGGCCGUUCCAGCUCGAGCAGCCACCAGUCAGAGACGGAGUCGGAGCAACGGGAACGAGAGCCCAUCAAGGCAGAGCCGCGCAGCUUUCCGGGCCAUCAGAGUACCCUGAAAAGCUUUAAGCGUGCUGAAUCGGCUGACCCGCAUAUAGACCAUGUAACAAGUCCACCCCAACGAUACUACUUGGGUGAAGAUCCGUACUCCAGUACUCUGUAUGGUAAGGAGAAUAUUUAUGAGCGUCAGGCGUUUGGUGGCCGGCACCGGAAACGCAGCACUGAGCCUCGUUAUGAGAACAGCGUCGAGCGCGCUCAAGAUGAAAACGAUUACUACGCUCCCAGGACUGGGCCUGCGGUUGGGAGUGGUGUUGGGCCGGGUAGAACCUCCACUACGCAUACCUUGGGUCGGUAUCAAAAGCACGGUCAGCGCUUCACUGGAAGCACCCCAAAUCUGAGCCUACAACCGGAAUACCGUUCCGUGCAGACGCUGCCACGUAAGCUUCACGAACACAGCCAGUAUCGAACGCACCAGCCCCUGUCACAACGAGGUGUCGCUCAGCAGGACCAGAGACAGAGUGUAGAGCCGGACAAGCGGCCAUACUUAGGCGCCUUGACGCCAUCCCAGCAGCAGCAGCAGCAACUACAACAACAACCACCAUUCAAAGGGCCCGCCAAGCCGGCGCGCACCUAUGCUAGAGUACUGAACCGUAGCAAAAGCUUUAAUAUACACGGCAUGAACGGCAGUAACGAUCCUAGUCCCAUAUACAUCGAGAAACUAACGAAGAACAACUACAACAACAACAACAACAGCAGCAGCAGCUAUGGCUUGCAACAGCAGAGCCAACACCGACAACAGCCUGCACACUACUAUGGCGGAAAUUUGCAGGCAAGCCAGGCAUAUAAAUCGAAUCCGCAUCUGUUCUCCAGCAGUAAGGACAACUCGUUGAAGAGCGGCCUCAAAAGCCCCUCUAUAGUGAAUCUGAUAAGUCGCAGCCAAAAGGAUUUAACUAAGAUUACCGGAAAUGACGACGAUCUCUACCAGAGCGGUGGCCAACGCGACAAUUCUAGGCGGCGUGGAUCCGAGCACGAGGACAAGAAACAGCUCUAUCUGCGCGGUCUACACCAACAGGCCCCUGACCUCUAUCGGGCUAUCCAUGGCGACGAGGAGCAGGGCAGGUCCAGCAAGUAUCCGUUGCAGCACAAGUACUCCCUAGACUCGAGUGGUCCCGUUUCCAUUGAGUUCAACAAGGACACGGCGAGCAUUAUGCGCCAGAGCAUUGCCAGUGGCAGCAACGAUGGCUAUGGCGAGUCAACACUAAUGGCUGAUAAACGGCCCAUUAUGUACACCGAUCAGGGUCAGGGUCGACGAAGCUCUGGUCCCGGUGCCACCACCAUCAUAGAGGUCCGUAGCGCCUUUGGCCCGCGAAAGUAAAAUUAGAACAGUCCAUUGAUGUGCCAACCGCGCGGUUCCACUUGAUCGUUCAUCCUGCUCUGAUCACCUCGGCCCGGCUUUAGUUUCAUUUGACAAGCAGCAAAUAAAGAUGAAAGGCCAAUACUUAAUCAACGGUUAACGGAAAGCGUCCGGUUUGUCUUGUCGCCUCUGACUUCCCCACUCAUUGCCGUUAGAGUCACUUUAUUAUUUAAUCUUACUUCUUGUUAUUUCAUUCCUUCAUAUAUGUACUUAUUAUGUAUAAUCCAACUCUAUUCCUUCGAUAACUUUCACGAGCAAGGUUCAAAACAGGCACUUGGUGCGCAUGUUUCGAUUUCAAUUCUGGUAUAGGCCAGUGCCAGAUUUAAAAUAAUUAUAAAUUGCUUUUUUUACAAUCUUUUUUUUUUAACAGUAAUUUAUAAAGUAUAUAGUUGUCCCAGACUCAAGCUAAAUACUGUCUAGAUCGAGGUGUUUUUUCCUAAAAGAUAAACAAAUGGAACUUAAUUUUCAUAAAAUAGUUUGUGCCUAGAAAUUUUGAGGCCUAGAAAAUCAUGUAACAGUA